AUGGACCAUAUCCAAAAGAUCGGCACGCCAUACCGACAAGAAGGAUAUCCCAUUGUACCGCUUCUUUGCGACUUACGAUCUUGUCCUACGACGCCUCUAGGUCCUGAGCAAUUCAGCAUGUUUUCGAAGAACUUCGGCAACAAGGGAAACGAGAUAUCACGCGGUGACUUGGAGGAUCUUGGACCGAAUGGCGCAAUUGCCAAACUUCAGCAGUGGCUUUACUUUGGCGUAAUGGUUGAAACCUUUGCUAGUGUAGCUAUUCCCUUUCACAAAGAAGACUUUGUCACCAAGGCUGCCGAUGGAAAAGCGAUCAUCACGACGGAAGAACUGCCUAGAUAUCUUUGGUAUCUCCUGGCCAACCUUCAUCACUCUGACAGACAUUUCAAACAUCGUCAUAGACUUUCAAUGAUCUCGAUAUUAAAUCUCACCAACACCAUACUAUCGAGGGUGGUCACUCUAUUGCGUGGUUGGCCCGUAUCUCCUGCUGGCAAGGUGUUGCUCUCUAUCAGCGUCUUGGGGGAAACUAUAAGUAACGCAUACGAUCAGAUGACGGGGCGUGAAAAAAGCUUUUCUACUAUGAUUUGGGUGUUUCCCCCUCUCAAAGACGCGUUGUUGAGGGCUGGCUGGUGCAUCCGAGAGAUUGAGCAACUCCUCCGGACAACCAAUUCACUGUGCCUUCUAUACCUGAGCACGAUCGAUCGCCAAGCGUUGCAGAAAGACCACAGCAAAUGUGACCAGUUCAAACGCUGCCAGGCCUACCAAGUAGUGCAUCACAAGUACAAGACCAAACACGCAUCUCAUUGUGCUGAUGAGAGUACCUGUGAGAGUGUUGGUCCUGCUGUGGACGAACUUACUGGAAUUAUCAAGGAAGGUCGCAUUCCAUUGGUCGGCUUUGAUUAUCUGGCUACGCCACCAGUCUUACAUGUCUUACGAUUUGAAGAGGAAAGUGAGUUCUAUAAUGAGUAUGUUGCCAUUUCACAUGUGUGGUCGGAUGGAAUGGGAAAUCCUCUCUGCAAUACUCUUCCCAUCUGCCAGCUCAGACGCAUCCAGGAACUCGUCAAUCAUUUAUACAUUAACGAGCCGACAUUUCCAGAGAAAUUUCUGGUUCCAUUCUGGAUUGACACGUUGUGUGUCCCGUUGGACCCACUGGUCAAACCAUUGGCUCUUAACCUGAUGGCCAAUACAUACAAAUUUGCAGAUAAAACUCUGGUCCUGGAUCAAUCCCUGCAAUCUGUUGGGAAAGCCGCAUCUCUGGAAGAGUGUUGGACGCGUAUAAAGCUUGCGCCUUGGAUGACCAGGCUAUGGACUUUCCAAGAAGGAAGACUAAGCAAGGAUUUGCAUUUUCAAUUCCUGGACAAGACAGUUAGAAUUCCAGCAUGGAAUGCUCUGCCUGCUCUCAGACCAAAUCCAAUUGCGGUUUCUGCUUUGCUUCAGCGCAGAGGCGUGAAGCGAUCCCUAGCUGAGAAGUCUGGUAUGCUCUUGGCACGCGCGCUUGCUUUCCCCAAGGACAGAACACUUCGUUCUAUUCAAACAGAGGCCAGCGCUCCAGCAACAGACGAUCCACGCCAAGAGUACAUUCGAUUAUCUUCUAUUGAGCUUCUGCGGACUAGAAAAGACGAAUUUACUCUUUCAGAACUAUGGAUGCCGGAGAUUUUGGCUGUUGACCCAGCUGUCAAGCUUUCGGAGGAGGACUCUGAAUUACAACGCAAUCUCUCCAGCAUUGUUUUGGAUCCAACCCGACCAUAUGGGCAGGGCGCCAUGAAUAGUAUCCAUGGUCUCAGUAGUAACGCCAGACGCGAUGAGUGGAUGACUUUCUUUGGGAAUACAAAACCCAGCCCGUAUUGGAUCUUCAACGAUGUUAUGUGGACUAUCUAUGGUAGGACGACAAGUCGCCUGGAAGAUGAAACAAUUUGUUUAAGUGUUUUCAUGGGACUUGACGUUUCGAAAGUGCAAGAAGUUCCGGUGCUGCACUGGAAAGUUAAGGAGGCGUUAACAUGUGUGCUGGCACACAUACCGACGGAUGCUACCCUACAGAAGCGUAUCACAUGGAUGUUGAGAUCAUCACAGGAAGAACGAAUAAAGAUGUUCUUAUCGCAGUUAGAAUCCUUCUCUCGACAGCUCCUUUUUUGGGAUACGCCGAGAUUACAGUCCAGCGGCUGGCGAUGGGCACCCCUUUCGUUCCUAGAACUUUCCUUGCAAAAGAAAGGUUUAUUACUGGGCAAGUCUGAACAAUGUGCGCGUAAGCGUGAGGGUUUGGAAGCCGAGUGUAUAGCCUUCCGCAUCGACAAAGCAAAUUUCCCCAAAAGUCAAGCGUUGCAUGAAGUUGGCCCCAUUCUGAGCCUUCAUAGUGCAGGCAGCUUUGGCUUUGGGUAUUUUAACCCAUAUCAUGAUCAGUCAAAGUGGCAGUAUAUGCGACUCCGGCUAAGCAGUAGUCACUUGCAGCCUUCUGGUACCUGGAAGCAACUGAUCGAAAGUGGAAAUGCAGCUAUUGUGACUCCAACUCAUCAUAGCGACAAGGAGGGUUUUGAGGUCGGCAUUUUGACCGUUGCUUAUAAGAUGGAGCACAAUGUCACUUUUGCCCGUCAUGUAAUGCUGGUGGAUAGGGUCUUAUUAUCAGGUGCAUCGAGUAUAGAAGAUGCUAUAAGUGUAUAUGGAGAAGGCUCUCUCAAAGCGGAAGAGUAUGGAAAGAUAGCAAGAGAAAAGGAUGACCAGCACAUGAAGAAAUGA